AUGUUUAUUUUCAAAUUAAUAUUCUUCGUAGCUCUUAUAGAGCAUUGUAUUCUCGGCGCUAAUGCGUUCCAACAAAACAAAAGUGUACAUCAUACACGACGGUCAAGCGUGGACGAUAGUUUCUUCAAAAAUCAAAGAGCACCAUCCUAUCGCUCUUUUCAACCGGUUUCCAUCAAGUACCACAAAACAAUAUAUCCUAGAGCCGAUGAUAGAGCUGACUAUGAUAUAACUUCGUAUGAUACGGAAUAUGGGGGAGUGGUUUCCAACUUUACAUCUUCUAUUUAUGAUGACAAUCCACCGCUUUACCCAAAUCCGGAAUUCUUAUCAAGGAACCAAAUGAACAAAGCAUCCGACAGCAAGAUAAUGGAUGCAGACAUCGAUCUCCCGGACGAUUCUUUGGCCGAUGCUGAUCUCAAGGAGCAUAACAUCAUCGAUAGCGUCACAUACUUGUACGGCUUUAACAAUUGCCACGCCAGGAACGAGUGGACAAUACUGAUUUUUAUAACGUGCGGCAUAGCAAUGUUGCUGGUAACAGCAGCAGUGAUGUGGCUAAUGUGGAGCGAGUUUGCAGCGGAGUUUCGGCGCGGCAGUAAGCUGUACCCGAUCAACAUAAAUCUGUGCUGCUGUCUCGCUGCGUGUACGCUUAUUUAUGUACAAGCUGUAAUGGGAGUAUCAUCGCCAUCUCAAUGUGAACGUAUAGCUUUGCUACUACACUACACUUAUUUGUGUUGUGCGAUGUGGAUUGUAGCCCUCGGAGCGGCCGUGGCCGAAUAUUGUGUCUGUGACACGCUACUACCUUUGAAGUACAAUUAUUUACUCGCUUAUGGAGUGCCAGCUGUUGUGGUCAUGUUUAAUUACGCUCUCUCUAUGGAACACUAUGAGAUAAAACACUACUGCUGGAUGUCGAUUGAAAAAGGCAUGGUAAUGGGUUUCAUGGUACCAGCAAUGAUACUGAUUUUAAUUAAUACUGCCAUCAUUAUACUCGGAUUGCAAUCAGUUAAUAAGAAACAAGCUGAAAUGUUAACUGCCAAAAUACAAGAGCUGGUUGAUCAUCAUAUAGCUAAUUGGCCAAAAAAUGAACCCAUAGGGGAGAAUAAAAAUGAAAGUAUAGAAACUUUGAACAUUUACACUCCGGGGAGUAGCAGGAAAAAUACUGACAGUACUGACACUUUGGAUAAGGAGUAUAAUUUGAGCGAAGAUGAAUGUGGCUACGUGAAUUUAAAACUACCUGGUAACGAGGCGAAUGACGAUGGUAAUGAGCAAACUAACGUAUCAGCUAAAACAAUUCAAGAUAAACGCCUUUUGAACAUGCUUUACAAUGAUAACUUGUCUUGGAAGUGGAGUUGGAAUACGGAGGGUAAUGAGUUGAAGAGUUACUUACAUCUGUGCCUCGUACUGGAGCCAUUCUUUGCGAUAAAUUGGGUUAUGGGUGUCGUUGCUAUUGAAAAUGCCGCACACUGGUCUACGCCGACGAUUUAUUUGAUACUUGUUGUUGCUAUGUACAUGUACCUUGCCACGACUAUCUGCACGACGUUGCCUAUCGUCCGCAAAAAGUGCGCCAGUCAGCCUUGCUGCGAGGACGUCGUUGUGGAACCUACCGUCACUAGAACGAGAACCACCGACAGCAUUCCCCUUUUAGACCCGGCAAUACAACAACCAAUUAUAACGCCAGCACCCGCUGAUACAAUAAGCACCAUCAGUAUCUGAGAGUACAAAGUAAAAUCGAGGAAUUGUCUACAAAGUCAACAAUUAACGGGGCUCUACUUAAUAUGGUCUUGUGCCAGACAUGUUAUUUGGCGUAUGCCAAGAAACCAGAAAUAUAGAGUUCUCUACAUCUAUUGACCACUUUUUGUGGUCGUUUUGGAAAGCGACGGAAGAAAAAGAAAUAAUUUUCAUAUUAUCGUUACCGAACAUUUUGAAUGAAGGAGCAAAGUUUGCUACUAGUGAGCAUGCGUCAUUGCUAAUUCUUUUUAAAAGGCGUUUAUGCCCUUUUUUAAUCUAAAUCAAGUUUAUUUAUAACUUAGCCUUCAAUGGCCCGUUAAUGUGGAAAAAUUUGGAAAGUUUGAGUGUUUAGUCACACUGACUCUUAGUAAAAAGUCAGCGAUAGCACAUCACGUAUGGAAUUUGUAAAUUAUGUCUCACAUUUUUACUUGCAUGACCAAUUAAAGGUCUUUAAAAUUAAUAAGCUACGGGUGUUUGCCUAUAAGAAAUGCAUUUUAAAUGGGACUAUAUUGCAAAGAGCCCUUACAAAAAUAAUUUUAUAAGUAUUAAAGAACAGGAUUUAAAGUGAACAAUAAUGUUUUCAUUAACUUGGCAUGUUUGUCUGGUUAAAUAGAUGUCUAUGUUAAGCUCAAAGAAGGAAAACGAUCAUUGAACGAAAGAAGUCCACAACGCGUUGUGGUCUCCUUAAAAUAUCCAUAUCACGUUAAUUGCUCGGAAAUGUUAUAUAAGAAUGAACACAAACUUAAUAACAACACAACGCGUAGUGGUUAAAUAUUAAUAACAACACAACGCGUAGUGGUUAAAUAGUUUCAUUUCCUAUGUUGAAGAUACUUAAGAUAAAAAAAAAACGUCAUUGCAAAAUAUAGAAAAAUAGGU